CAUCAUCCAUCGUCCCCUUACCCCUCGUUAAACUUCCAGAAGCCGCUUGCGAAUCCCCUCCCGAAGGAAAAUGAUGAUCGGCCAUCCGACGGUGGAGGUGCCCCCGUGGCCCCUCCUCGAGGAUCCGACGGACGACGUCUACUCCCCCUUCUCUCCCCAACGCUCAGACGGUGGCAACGGCACUGGAGGCGGAGGCGACCUCGUGUCGGCCCUCCGGCGCUUCCUCCCCUCCAACCGUCCGGACCUGCUGGACGACGACGAGGAGGGCGGCGGCGGCCAGGAGGCGGCGGACUCGCCGGUGGACACUUACUCUUGCGACCAUUUCAGGAUGUACGAGUUCAAGGUGCGGAGGUGUACGAGGGGGCGGUCGCAUGACUGGACGGAGUGCCCGUACGCGCACCCCGGCGAGAAGGCACGUCGGCGUGACCCCCGGAAGUACCACUACUCCGGUGCCGCGUGCCCGGAGUUCCGGAAGGGCAGCUGCAGGAAGGGCGAGGCAUGCGAGUACGCCCACGGCGUGUUCGAGUGCUGGCUACACCCUGCCCGUUACCGGACGCAGCCCUGCAAGGACGGAGUGAACUGCAGGAGGCGCGUGUGUUUCUUUGCCCACACCCCGGAGCAGCUCCGAGUGAUCACCCAGCAGAGCCCAAGAGGCGGGGGCGGCAGCAGUGGCAGUGAUUUCUACGAGGUGUCUCCGCUGAAGCAGGCUAUCGAGGCCUCAUGCGCCCGGUCCCUGCCUUUCCUGGCGUCCCCAAGCUCGAUCUCUCCGGAUGACUCGGAUUCGCCUCCGCUGUCCCCUAUGACUCAGUCCCUCAGCCGCUCGCUCGGGUCAAGCUCGGUCUCUGAUGUGGUGGCCUCCCUCAGGAACCUCCAGCUGGGUAAGGUCAAGUCCCUCCCUUCCUCGUGGAACUCGCCUUUAGGGGGUCCGAACUAUGCCAGCUCCCCGAGAGGGUCCAUGCUCCGUUCCAGCUGCUUCAGUGUGCCCACCACCCCGACCCAGACCCCAAAUAGCCCUGGGUUUGGGUACUUGGACUUGUGGGAGAAAAACAGGUUCAGCGAGGAGCCGGUGAUGGAGCGGGUAGAGUCGGGGCGGAAUUUGAGGGCCCGCAUGUUCGAGAGGCUGAGCAAGGAGAACCCACUUGAGCCAGGGCAGGCCAAGACCGACGAGUCUGGCGGGGCUCCUGAUGUAGGGUGGGUCUCUGAGCUCGUGAUGUGAGGAUCGGCAUCGGCAUCAGUUUAACGGUGAUGAUUUACUUUUGGUUUUCCUCUCGAUCUCUCAUUGUGAAUAGGAAAACAUGAUGGAGGGGAUUCAAAUCUGGGGAUCAUUUUGGCUUAGGACGGAACAAAUUGAAGAAGAUCCUAUUAUGUAUAUAGUGCUAUAUUUCAUGAGAAAUUAUUUCCAAUUAACAUGAAAAAUAUAUAUGGUUUUAAUUAUAUUAUAUGAUUAUAUAAAUAAAUAUAUUUAAAGGAAUAUAUAGUUAUAUAUGUAUAUAUAUGGGAUUAAAGGGGGAAGAAUCAGAAUCUUUUUUUUGGGGGGGGGAAUGGAUUUUCUGAUAAGUUCAGAAGAUUUCAUUUUGAGGUUCUUUUGAGUGCAAAAUUGGUGCAUACUUUUUGUGAAGGAGUGAGACAAUGGGAAUUACGAUUAUUCCUUGCUUAUGUUUUUUACCUCUUUACCUUUUUAUUUCUUUUCUUGUUUAGGAUCUCAAUAUUGUACAUCCGAUGUAAUUUUAACAUGUAUAUGUUUAAUAUAUGCAAAAUAUUAUUUGCCACAAUGGGCAUUUCAGUAA